AAUGGUUAUUUUUUCAUGCUAUAUACUGUAGGUACUUUAAAAUUCGCAUUGUUUUUUAAAAGAUUUGUAUUAGGUAAAAAUAUUUCUAUAAUAUGAAAUAAGGUUGGGAAAAUUAUAAAUUAAUGACAAAAUUCUAAAGAGUUACAAGGGACAUUAAAAAUAUUUUUUUCGUUGGUUUAUUCGGUGCAGUGCAUUAUAUUUAAAAAAAAAUAACUAUAAAUUUAUUUUAACAGAACGGUAAGACUGUAUAGAACACUGAACACCAUGAUGAAAGACAUAGAUUUUUUCGUCUUCCGACAUUUCCAUUUCGAUGACACUCGUUUACAAGAGCUGAUUGCAUCGCAGAGCGAUAUGGACAAAAGUUUGUUCAACAUGGAAAUAUCCAAUAUUGUAUGGCAAGAUUAUUUUCUAAAAAGUAUUAAAGGAUUCAAACGUCAUAUUCUCAAAGAAAACGAAUAUAGACUGGAAGCUAAUCAGAGAUAUAACAAGUAAUUAUAUCUGUCUCCGUAGUUUAUAUUUCACGUGAUAAAGUAAAUUUAUUAAAACUAGGUUUUUAAUUUUUUUUUUUUCAGAAUCUGGAUUGCUUAUUACACUUUAAAAACAUUUUAUUAUGGUUUUAUACUAUAUUUAAUAAUUUUAAUAUUAAAAUAUAUCUUUUAUUAAUUUAAUUUUAUGUCUAAAAAAGAGUUAUUAAACAAUGAAGGUUUUUUUUAUGAAAAUAAAAAUUGUUUUCACAAGAAGUUUCGAUUAGUUUUUAUUAUCGCAUAGGUGACUAUAUUGUUAUUAUUAUUAUAUUAAAAAAAAAAAAAUUAUUUUUCUUUUGUAUAUUAUAUGCUAUCAUAAAUGACAAUAAUUGACGAUAAUAAUUGAUAAUAAAUGGUAAAUAAUUAAAUGGUAAAUAUUAAAUAAUUAAAUAAUAAAUAAAAUUAAAUAAUUUUCUUCGAUAAUAUUUUUUUAAUAUUGUACCGACUUUCCCGUUUUUCUUGCCUUAUUCCUGUCUUUUUUAUGGCUUUUCACAUUUAUUGGGAAAAAUCUUGGGAAAAUCGAAAAGUGAUCUCGUUUAUGUACCUCUCUAGUAAGAUUUUCUUUCAGAAAUUGUACUAUCAUUGUAAAUUCGAGAAAAAUAUCUGGUAGAAAUGUUUCCUACAGGAAAAAAGUAAUAUUUUACUAAUGUUUUUCUCAAUUUUUCACGAUUUGUCCCUUUUAAUAAGAAAACUUCUUAAUCUAAUUAAAGAAAAUUUAAAAAUAACCUCUCCAAAUUACCAUGGUGAUAAUAUUACCUUUCAAAAUUUAAGCAACACUUGAUAAGUCGGAGGAAGGUGUUUUGGUAGAAAAGUUUUCACAACAAAUCUAGAGGUAUUUUGCGAUUAAAAUAGCCCGACCAAGCGAUGGUUUGGGUCUCUAGAUACACACAAAAUGCUUUUGUUUUUUACUUGAUUAGGUAAAAGGGGAAGAAAAUACGAAACAUAUUUUUGAACCUAUUCGUGACCUUUUCGAGACUUUUUCGAGACCUGUCUCCAAAACAAUAAGUCUAUCGUGGCCACAAUUCGAACGCGAUUCGAACUUCUUUUACGUGCAAUUGUUCUCAACCGCCGAUCGAGUUUUAAAUAGAUUAUGGAUGUUCGGGAACAUGGUAAUGAGGCCCCAAAGAUUCCUAGACGUAUUCCCCAUAUAGUGACACUAAAUAAUGUGUUUUUUUUGUUAAAUUUGGAAUAAUUGGACCUUAUUUUUUUGAAAACGAAAUAGGCCAGGUAGAUACGAUGAAUUGUGAACAUUACGUUGCUAUGCUCUAAGAUUUUUCCCCCUACUUGGAGGAAAAUGAAAGAGACACUGAAAAU